CGUCACUCCACACAUCAACACGGAAGCAGCCGGAAGAAAAGUUGUGGAGUCGAGUCUUAAUCGGAUCAUACUUGUGUCCCGCUUCUGUUGGCGUCGUUACAAAGUGCGCGGGACAUUCGCGCCAUAGUUCCCCCGCUCGAAGAGCGACCCGCGCAGCGGCGAGAAAGGCUCGGAACCCCCGCGUCGUCCUCCCGAGGAGAGCGAAGGUACUGUUGUGCCGUCUCCAAGGACCCGAGUGCUGACGUCACCAGGCGAGGACAGGUGCGCCCGGGGAACUUGCUGAUCCAGUCUGUUGGGAUCCGGCGAACAGCUGAUACCAUGCGGGGACAUCCGCGUCUUUUCGGACGCGCUUCGGGCAACUAAGUCAAACAUCGCGGAGCUCAUCCGGUAUCCGGCAGGUGUGCAGUUUUUUUUGUUGGACUUGACCCGCACGAAGAGGCAGGGUUCGGGUCGAAGUCGUGCCAGCAGGCUCCAGACGUUGCGUCUCUAUGCGACACUGACGCAGCCGCCGAAAGCCUCGCAUAUCCCGGCGUGCAUCGGGGGUGUUCGACCCUGGAAGUGCAACAUAUGAGAUUGCGCAAUGGCGUGCGUCACUGCGUCGUAGCGAAGCGGCCUUGAAGGACGAUCGUGUUCAGGAACUGCAAAAAAAAUAAAAAUAAAACAUGUCCAAGACCCUGAAGAAGAAGAAGCACUGGUCCGCCAAAGUCCAGGAGUGCGCCGUGUCCUGGGAGGGCACCGGGGAACUGGUCUCGGUGGUGGAGCUCCGAGGCGGCGCCGAGCAGGGGGAGUUCCCCUACCUCGGACACAUCGCGGCCGAGGCGCUGGUCUGCCACGCCGGGAGGAUACCGAGCAGCGGGGACGUGCUGCUGGAGGUGAACGGCACCCCGGUGAGCGGGCUGACCCACCGGGACUCGCUGGCCGUCAUUCGGCACUUUCAGGAGCCCAUCCGCCUGAAGACCGUCAGACCAGGGAAGGUCCUGAAUGCUGACCUCCAUCACUACCUCAGUCUGCAGUUCCAGAAGGGCUCCCUGGACCACAAGCUGCAGCAGGUGAUCCGGGACAAUUUGUACCUGCGCACCAUUCCCUGUACCACCCGGCAGCCCAGAGAGGGGGAAGUUCCUGGUGUGGAUUACAACUUUAUCAGCGUGGAAGAGUUUCGCAAACUGGAAGAAUGUGGACUCCUGCUGGAGAGUGGAACCUAUGACGGAAACUACUACGGCACGCCCAAACCGCCUGCGGAGCCCAGUCCUGUGCAGCUGGACCUGGUGGACCAGGUCUUGUUUGACGAGGACUUCGACGCCGAAGUCCAACGCAAGCGCACCACGUCGGUCAGCAAGAUGGACAGGAAGGACAGCGCCGCCCCCGAGGACGAGGACGAGGAGGACAGGCCGCCCACGGUCAACGGACAAGUUGACCACGCGGACAAGGCGGAGUGGAGGAGGACGGUGCCCAGCUACAACGCCGCCGUGGACCCGCGAGCGUGGAGCGCCGCGGCGCAGGACGACGGCCAGGAGCCGCUGCCCAAGAACUGGGAGAUGGCCUACACCGACAGCGGCAUGGUCUACUUCAUAGACCACAACAGCAAAACCACCACCUGGUUGGACCCGCGACUCGCCAAGAAGGCCAAGGCUGCGGAGAAAUGCGAGGAAGGAGAGUUGCCCUACGGCUGGGAGAGGAUCCAGGACCCGCAGUACGGCACCUACUACGUAGAUCACAUCAACCAGAAGACUCAGUUUGAGAAUCCAGUGAUGGAAGCAAAGAGGAAAGUGAGCCUUGAGACGCCAACUUCGGUUUCCUCGGCAACAGCCACACCAUCAGAGGAGCCGGCUCAGGGAGGGCGGGGCUUCACGCGGGACCCGUCCCAGCUGCAGGGCGCCCUCCUUCACACCGCGCUGCGGAAGAGCCCUCAGGGCUUCGGCUUCACCAUCAUCGGGGGAGACCGCCCGGACGAGUUCCUCCAGGUCAAAAACAUCCUUCUGGACGGGCCUGCUGCGCACGACAAGAAGAUCGCCUCAGGCGACGUGAUCGUCGACAUCAACCGGACCUGCGUCCUGGGGAAGACUCACGCCGACGUGGUGCAGAUGUUCCAGUCCAUCCCCGUCAACCAGUACGUGGACAUGGUCCUGUGCCGCGGGUACCCGCUGCCCGAGGACUCCGGCAGCGGCGAGGACGCGUCCAAGGACUCUUCUCCCGCCGCGUCCACGCCUCAGGACCCUUACCACAAGGUGCAGGAGGCGGGGACCCUGCCCCGACAGACCGCCGCCGUGCCCCCCCUGGCCAACGGGGGACGCCACCACCACCACAACCACCACCACCACCACCAGCACCAGCAUCCGCACCACCAGGACGGUCCGGAUCCGACGCUGCUCCAGCCCGAGCUGGUGGGCGUGUCCCUGCUGAAAGGACCCGGGGGGUUCGGCUUCGCCAUCGCCGACUCCCCGCUGGGCCAGAAGGUGAAGAUGAUCCUGGACGCCCAGUGGUGCCGGGGCCUGCUGAAGGGCGACGUCAUCAAGGAGAUCAACAGACAGAACGUGCAGACGCUGAGCCACUCGCAGGUGGUGGACAUCCUCAAAGACUUGCCCGUGGGCAGUGAGGUCAACGUGCUGGUGCUCCGUGGAGGUCAGACAUCGCCUGUGAAAUCAUUGAAACCGAGCACGGCGCCCACGCCUCAGCCGGCUUCCCAGCAUGCAUCACAACCGACGCUCCCGCCUGCCUCCCAGCCCGCCCCUCAGCACACGCCUCGCCACAGCCACCCUUCGCCCGUCACGCAGCCGCAGCGACCGGAGCUGAUCGACAGCGCCGAGGCCCCGGGCCACGCCGAGGUGCCCCCCAACCCGCUCUCCUUCCCCGCCAACGCCGCGCAUUCGUCUUCGCCCAAACCGGACGCUUCAGAACUCUACCUCAAGUCCAGGGCCAUGGUGGAUAGCCAGCCUUCAUACACCAAAAACUUGGACGUGUUCAUCAAAAGGAACCAAGAGUCAGGCUUCGGCUUCAGAGUCCUUGGAGGCGAAGGCCCGGAUCAACCGGUCAGUUCCAUCCCACUUCACUUCUCAAACAUAUUCCUAAUAAUCACCUCCUCACGCUUUUGUCCGCAGGUGUACAUCGGCGCCAUCGUGCCGCUGGGCGCGGCCGAGAAGGACGGGCGCCUGCGAGCGGGUGACGAGCUGCUGUGUAUAGACGGCGUGCCGGUGAAGGCCAAAUCCCACAAACAGGUCCUGGAGUUGAUGACAAACGCGGCGCGGAACGGCCAAGUCCUGCUCACCGUGCGCAGGAAACUCUCGUACUCAGACGGCGGUGGAAGGGAGGACGAUGGCGGCCCGCAGGUAUCAGCAGCUGUUGUCAGCAGCUCUCCUAUGACGCCCCGGGGGGAAGCGCUGAAGGCCCAUCCUUCUCGACAGGAGUCCUUCGAUGUCACGCUGCAGCGCAGAGACAACGAAGGCUUCGGCUUCGUCAUCCUCACCUCCAAGAACAAGCCUCCACCUGGAGUGAUUCCGCACAAGAUUGGUCGCAUCAUCGAGGGCAGCCCGACAGACCGCAUGGCUCAUGUGAAGGUGGGCGACCGAAUCUCCGCCGUCAACGGCCGCUCCAUCAUGGAGCUGUCGCACAACGACAUCGUGCAGCUCAUCAAGGAGGCCGGCACGUCUGUAACCCUCACGGUCGUGCCUGAAGACGACAGCGCACCGCCGUCCACGACCAACUCGGCCAAGCAGAGUCCGUCCAUGCAGCACAGAGCUGUCGGCCAGCAGCCGCCAAACUACACAGACAGGAACGGUGACAUGCUGACCAUCAGCCCAUCAGGCCUCAUGCAGGAUUGUUUCGUGGUGGAGUUGGAUCGGAGCCAGAGGGGCUUCGGCUUCAGUCUGAGGGGCGGUAAAGAAUACAACAUGGGCCUGUUCAUCCUGCGCCUGGCUGAGGACGGACCCGCCCUGAAGGAUGGACGAAUCCAUGUGGGCGAUCAGAUCGUGGAAAUAAACGGCGAGGCCACACAAGGCAUCACGCACACACGAGCUAUCGAGCUGAUCCAAGCAGGAGGCAGCAAAGUUCUCCUGCUGCUGCGACCCGGCCAGGGUUUAGUUCCUGACCACAGUUCUAAGGACAAGGUCAACAUUCCAAGCAAGCAUUCGGUCAGUGAUGGACCUUCAUCUCCAGCCUCCGUGUCUACCUCAGAUUGGUCUCCCUCCUCAACCUCCAUGGUCGCCCUCCAUGACUUCUCCACCCUUGCCGGGUCCGCGGGGUCCCCUGGCGCCGGCCGGCCGACGACCGAUAAAGUCCGAGGGCAGCAGGUGUCCUUCCAGCGCGCUACCAGUCCUGGUGCUCACGCCAGGAAGACCGGCAGGAGUGACUCCAAGGCCGCCAGUCCCAGGAGAGCCACAGAUCACGGGGACGACUCCCAGAGUCCCAGGAGAAAAGAGCGGGGCUCUUCGGCGGACCGGAAGCACGACGGGCAGAGAGACCAGCGCUCCUCCAAGAGGGACCAGGACCAACCCCAGAGCCCGAGACGCCCGGCCGGCCAGCAGCCCGCCGGCGACGGGAGAAGACACAAGGACGAAGACGCGGCUCACUUGCAGGACGGCGACCGCCACAAGAAGGUCCGACGGGCCGAGCAGGACCUGCAGGGGGGUCCCAGGGAGAGGUCGGGGUCGGACGCCGACACGCUGGGCCGUAGGAGUGCACGCGACAAGGACGGCAGGUCCCACAGGUUACCUGAAGAUGGGAACAAGAAGCCCCCUGGGGGGUCCAGCGCUAGCAUGCAGGACCUGGGCUACAGCAGCAAGAAGGUUCCCAUCACACCUGGACCAUGGAAGGUUCCUAGUUCCAGCAAGAUCCAGUCCCAGGUGGACACAGCUUAGAAAUCCUAGUCCCCAUAUAUCUGAUGAUGGAUGCUGCAUCCAUACCUUUCACUGUGAGACUUCCAUGAAGGAUCUGGUCUUCUUGUCCCUGGGACUUUUUUGAAGGUUCACGGCACAUUCCGCACAUUCCUAGGUUUUUUUCUGUUGGCCGUGACGUCUGAGGAGGAAUCUGGCCGUCCUCAUCGUGUUCCCGCUGAUAAGAUCCAGUCACUUCCAGAAGUAAGAAUGUCAUUUCACCAUCUUCUGGUCUACGUAGUCUGCCUGAACCUGGCAGCUUCCGCAGGGAAAACUGCACUUUGCGAAUUCUUCUCGAUCCUUCCGUGAGACAAGAACUGGCGUCUUCCCUAAAUAGUAAAGAACUGCUAGCACGAAGCGGCUAAACAUGCGGGUAAUGGGAAUAAGAUUCAUUCCAAAUCAUUAAUUUAUAUAAACAAACGGUUUCCAGAGUGCAGCACGUUAAAAACAAUACAACUUAAUUAAAAGAUGGGUAAAAAUAGACAAAAUGAUAAAAUCAAUGAAAAUAUAUAUAUAUGUUAAUUAAUUGAUUAAAAUAAUUAAAAAAAGAAAGAAAAUAAUAACACCAAAAUAAGUAAAAAUAGAAUAGAACAAUAAAAGCAAUUAAAAAAUACGUAAAUUAAUUAAUAAAAAAAAAUUCAAAAAGAAAGAUAAUAAAAACGCCAAAAUAAGUCAAAACAAACCAAUUAAAUACAAUAAAACAAUAAAAGUUAUUCAGUUACAAGGUAGAUAAAAAAUAGAUAAAAUAAUGAAAACAAUUCUAAAGGAUAUGUAAAUGAAUACAUUUUAAAAAGAAAGAUGAUAACACUAAAAGCGCCAAAAUAAGUAAAAACAAACCAAAUUAAAUAUAAUAAAACAUUAAAAGUAAGAUGGAUAAAAAUAGACAAAAUAUUAAAAAUCAAUUUAAAAAAUGUAUAAAUAAUUGGAUACAAAUAUUUUAAAUCAGAAAGAUAAUAAUAAAAACACUAAAAUAAGUAAAAAAACAAAACCUCAAAAUAAGUCAAAACAAACCAAUUAAAUACAAUAAAACAAUAAAAGUAAUUCAGUUAAAAGGUAGAGGAAAAUAGAUAAAAUGAUAAAAACAAUUCUAAAGGAUAAGUAAAUGAAUACAUUUUAAAAAGAAAGAUGAUAGCACUAAAAGCGCCAAAAUAAGUAAAAAGAAACCAACUUAAAUAUAAUAAAAACAAUAAAAGUAAGAUGGAUAAAAAUAGACAAAGUAUUAAAAUAAAUUUAAGAAAAUGUAUAAAUUAUUGGAUACAAAUAUUUUGAAUCAGAAAGAUAAUAAUAAAAACACUAAAAUAAGUAAAAAAAA